CUUUGUGAAUAGCCGUAUCUUUGAGGGGAAGGUACAAACAGGUUUGGCCGCGCAGACAAUCUUCGGCUACCCACCCCAAGGAAAGCCGCAUUAGCUUGAUCUGUCGUGCCUCUGGCUAAACACUAUCGGUGCGAACCGCCUGGUUGGAGAGUAUACUUACCUGCUGAUAUGGUCUCAGAACUACAAUCUAAAACAUAGCUAUUUUACAAGUGCUUGCGAGAGAACUCGGACGACGGAAGAAGUGUGUUCUAGAGUCUAGACUAAAGAAAAGGAGAGAGUAGGGGAGGGCUAGGUGGAGUAGCAAGUUUGAGCAAACAUUGCAAACCUGUUGAAUUCACUAGGAAUACGUUAACAAUACUACAGCUGUCGUGAUCAUCUAGUGCUUCAGUAGACUUUGUGUUGGUCAUAGGACCAUAUCGUCACACGUGAUUUAACAUGCUUUGUCGCCAUCCUGUUAUGUUACAGUUUUCCAGUAAACUAUGACCAUCACGUGCUGCAGUUAUGACGUUCAACAUAUCGACCUCGUUCACGUCUCUCUGAGAAAUUUAUCUUUGUUCCACACAGUGUAAACAUACAAGCUUGUUGUCGACCGUGUUGUAACGUUUUAGUAGUCAUAUGGGAGACAAACUGUUACGGUAAGAAGAUGAGAGUCAAGUGGAACCGAAAUUUAGACGGUUUCUCCGGAAGUGAUACAAGGCAUGGAUACAAGUCACUGCCGACUUCGCGAGGACGUUUUCCCGUUUCAGAUCAUGGCCCCUCUGACAAAAGGGAGAAUCAAUAUACUUCUUCGAGUACUAGUCAUUGGAAAUCAUACCGUCAGCGUUUUGGCAUCUUCAGUAUUCUUCGGUGUAGAGAAUGCUGUACAGAUCCAGCUGCUGAAGAAGGUUUUAAGCAGUCACAUGACGUGAAGUAUAAUAGCCCACAGAAUUACACUAGACUCCAGUACCACACAAGCCUGCUCUCUGGUGGUGAUCCUGUACGAUGCAAUGAGAAAAGUCACGUUUCUAUAGCGGGAAAAAUUGACCAACAUGUAAAGCGUUUAAAACAUAACAGCAAAGUUACGAAUAAAUCUCAGCAAACUGCAAGCCAAACAGUGAAAGUAGUUAAAUUUGAAAGGUCGCUAGUUUCCCAUGACUUACAAGGUCAUUCAAGCGUAACAUUUCAAAGCCCCAAGAUCUUUUCUUGUCAUAAACUUGCAGAUGACAUUCUUCCUUUCUGUACGAUUGGUACCAAUACAGUAGCAAUCGAAAGCGACACACCGAAUAAUUAUUUAAUUCAUUCUUCUCAACCUUCAUACACUACUUUGGAGGAUAAUAUAAGCCGUGGAGGACAGCCGCUAACGACGUUUAGUUCUACUCCUGUGUCCUGUAAUGACAGUCGAAAAAAAAAGUUACAAAAUCCUGAGAGCACAAUAAAAGAAGACUCGGCAAGUUUAGAAUGUUCGUCUUCACUGACAAAGGAAGAAAGAAAACUCAAUACCCCAAGAAUGUCAGCCUCGUCUAGAAGAUACCAGUAUCGUGAUGGCAAUACUAGAGAACUAAGUAGAAGUUGUGAUGACAAUAGUUUUGAUGAUCGGUUGUCUACAAUCACUCCAUUAGUUUUUCACGUGGGAAAUAGCAAGAGUGUCCGUCAAAAUAAUCUCACUCCUCCUCCUGGUUAUAAGGUCAUGAGAGUAAAGCCGAACAUGUCAACAACCCUUACAGUGCCGAUAGAAAACUUAACUCAGGCGUCUUUCAGUACGCAAGAAAUUACCCACAUGCCGAAAAGCAUGACUUCAUUUUGUUCCAUAUCGAGUGCCGAUUCUUCUUAUGUCUCACAACUCAAACAGGACAAAUACGAUAGUACUUUUAGUAUUAGUUCCAAAAUUCCAGUUUUAACAAACAAAUCUACAAAUGCUCCAUUUUCUCGUGAAAGUGGAGCUCGAAAAGACAUUUAUCAAGAUGUUGUUGAGUCACCAUCACCAGAUAUACGUGUUUCCGAUUCACGGCUUAGAUUUCAAAUAUUGCCUGUAGAUCUUGCAAACAGAGAAAAACUUUGUGAUGAAAAAUUCAAAUGCGAGACAUCUAGAAGGAGACAUAAGCAUGUUAAAGAUGAAGAUUCUGAGGUAGACAGAAAUUCCUUCAGGACCAAAGCCAACCAUGGAAGAAGCAAUCUUGAAUCAAAGGAUCUUCUUUGCGAUGGAAAACCAGAGAAGUCCAUGGAUGAGGACACUGUAAAUAUUGAUGUCCUGGACUCGUGUAGCAAUAUUUCUGUUGAUGGUAGUUGUUCACAUGAGUCACCGUGUAGGCAUCAGCAGACAACAAACAUCAUUGUCACCAAGGCAGAAAUUAUUAAUUCAUAUGAACCGUCAGUAAUGAAAGCAGCUUCAACUAGAACUGAUCUCCAUAUAGACUACCACCAUAGCCCUGACGUCACGAUACUCGAAACUGGGAAAGCUUGUUUCGGCCCUCUGAAAUCUUUAUGAAGCUACUAAAAUUAACUAAUGGAAGUAUACCAAGUUUUUAUAUCACUGCUGGUGUUGGACUUUUUGCAGAGACGUCUGUUGUGUAUAGUAGGGCAUCUUAGCGGACAUACCAUUAAAUACACACCGUUACAUACCAUUAAAUACACACUUAUCAGAAAAUGGGUUUUCUUGACUAUCUAAGUUUGACAACAAACCCGAGCAA